UAGAGAGAGACAAAGAUUAUCAACUAUUUUUAGUAGUGUUAAUUUCUUCUAAUAAGACAAUGUAACACCAAGAUUUUGUAAUUUUUUCUGGAAACUGUAAAUCUCUUUCUCUUGAUCUUUUUCUUCUCUUGAGAAGAAAAAGAAUCUAGGAGAAAUGGAGUCGCGUAACGAGGCAUAUGAGGGGGCAUACAACGCAACCUUCUGGGGGGAUUUCUCAUAUCAUGGAUAUGGCUUUAGUGAAGACGGGUCCAAGUUCUGCGAACAAAUACCGAUUCUUGUGAACUCUUUUGGCGUGUGGGAGAAGCUAGAUUUACCUAUACGCGGGAUGAAGAUAUGGGACUACAGUCUUCCCCAUCUCGAGAGCGUAAUCGUCCUAGUUCUCUGUUUAUGGCAGUUUUUUUAUUUAUCCCUAAAGAAGAUAGGCCUCCCUGUGCCAAAGAUCACCUCCAUGAUGAUUGCCGGGGCAGCUUUGAGCCAAACGAAUCUUUUGCCGAAUGACUGGACGAUCCAGCACAUUUUAUUCCCGGAUGAUACUAGGCCAAAAGUGCCUGAGACGCUAGGUGGGUUCGCUUUUGUCUUUUAUUGGUUCAUCGAAGGUGUUAAAAUGGAUGUUGGGAUGGUUAGGAAGACAGGUACGAAAGUGAUUGUAACAGGAAUUGCCACUGUUAUUCUCCCCAUUAUCGCGGCCAACAUGGUGUUUGGUAAGCUAAGAGAGACCGGGGGGAAAUACUUGACAGGAAUGGAGUACAGAACAAUUUUAUUCAUGCAGAGCAUCUCGGCAUUCACGGGUAUCUCAAGGCUAUUAAGGGAUCUCCGGAUCAACCACUCAGAGUUCGGCAGGAUCGUGAUUUCGACCGCUAUGGUGGCGGAUGGAACGGGUUUUGGUGUUAAUCUAUUUGCCCUUGUGGCUUGGAUGGACUGGAGGGUUUCUGCGCUGCAAGGCGUAGGAAUUAUCGGAUAUGUCAUAUUCAUGGUUUGGGUUGUGAGACCGGCCAUGUUUUGGGUGAUCAAACGGACACCACAAGAGAGACCGGUGAAGGAAUGCUUCAUCUACAUCAUACUCAUUUUAGCCUUCGGUGGUUACUACUUUUUGAAGGAAAUUCACAUGUUUCCGGCUGUUGGACCCUUCCUUUUGGGUUUGUGUGUGCCUCACGGUCCUCCUCUAGGGUCUCAACUGGUAGAAAAGUUUGAAAGCUUUAACACUGGAAUCCUUUUGCCACUUUUCUUGUUCUUCUCAAUGCUGCAAAUCGAUGGACCUUGGUUAGCUAACCAGAUCGGUCAACUAAGGCAUUUUGACGGUCAGUUGUAUGAAGCCUUGACCAUCAUCAUCGUUGUCUUUGUCGCCAAGAUUAUCUUCUCAAUGAUUCCUGCAUUGCUAGCCAAAAUGCCUCUGACCGACUCUUUCGUUAUGGCACUCAUCCUCAGCAACAAAGGAAUUGUUGAGCUGUGUUAUUUUCUGUAUGGAGUUGAAAGCAAUGUUCUUCAUGUGAAGUCCUUCACGAUUAUGGCAACGAUGAUUUUAGUGAGCUCUACGAUAUCACCAGUGUUGAUACAUUACCUAUAUGAUUCGUCAAAACGAUUCAUUAGUUUCCAGAAGCGGAAUCUAAUGAGCUUGAAGCUUGGAUCAGAGCUGAAGUUUCUAGUGUGCAUUCACAAAGCAGACCACAUCUCAGGGAUGAUCAACCUUCUAGCACAGUCUUUUCCUCUACAUGAAUCCACAAUAAGUUGCUACGUGAUUCACCUCGUCGAGCUUGUGGGUUUAGACAAUCCAGUCUUUAUCUCCCACCAAAUGCAAAAAGCCGAACCUGGAAACCGGUCUUAUUCAAACAACGUCCUAAUCGCUUUUGAUAACUUCAAACAUUACUGGAAAUCGAUAUCGCUGGAAUUGUUCACAUGCAUCUCAAACCCUAGGUACAUGCAUCAAGAGAUUUACUCGCUCGCUCUCGACAAACAAGCUUCUUUUCUCAUGCUCCCUUUCCACAUUAUAUGGUCCCUUGACCAGACAACGGUGGUCUCAGACGAUGUCAUGCGUAGGAACGCUAACUUAAAUGUCUUGAGACAAGCACCUUGCUCCGUGGGGAUCUUUGUCCAUCGUCAAAAGCUUUUAUCUGCGCAAAAGAGCAGUCCGUCUUUUGAGGUCUGCGCAAUUUUCGUGGGCGGGAAAGACGACAGAGAAGCCUUGGCAUUGGGAAGGCAAAUGAUGAGGAAUCCGAAUGUGAACCUGACAGUGUUGAAGCUAAUCCCAGCGAAAAUGGAUGGGAUGACUACAGGGUGGGAUCAGAUGCUGGACUCGGCAGAGGUUAAGGAGGUUCUGAGGAACAAUAACAAUACUGUUGGACAACAUAGUUUUGUGGAAUACGUAGAGGAGACAGUUAACGACGGUUCCGACACAUCAACACUCCUUCUCUCGAUUGCUAAUUCUUUUGAUUUAUUCGUGGUGGGGAGGAGCGCCGGAGUAGGGACCGACGUGGUGAGUGCAUUGAGUGAGUGGACGGAGUUUGAUGAGUUAGGUGUGAUUGGAGAUCUGUUGGUGUCUCAAGAUUUUCCCCGUAGAGGGUCGGUGUUGGUGGUGCAACAACAACAGAAUGUAGCUUGUAGAUGAUAUUACAUUGGCAACUACUCUUUAUUCAUUUAUAAGAUACAAAAAAUAGAAAUACACUUCUCACACGAGACACAUUUGUAGCCCCAAAUUUUUAAGUGACAGUUCGUCUCCGUGGCCUUGUGAUGAUAACAUUUGCAAAUAUGACUUUAAAU